CGGUGCAACUAGAAAUCUGCACAAGCUGCGCGUGCACGAGCGCAUUGGGGCGCUGCUGCUCUUUUAAAUCCACCUGUUCACGCGCCUUCACGCGCUCCCUGCUCGCUGCUGCUGAUAGGUUUGUCAGGGAGAGAAAACAGAAUUUUUUUUAGCGCCUUGUGCACAAAGUGGUGAGUAGCUCUCCUCACAACAGCAGCAGAGACAGCAGCGCUGCUCCUGCUGCUGCUGAAUGGAUUACACACACAUUCACCACCAUAUUAUUAUUAUUAUUAUUAAUAACGUGCAGUGAUCGGAGAGGAAAGCCUUCCUAUGAUUGUAUGAUCAGCUCAUCAGCGCCGUGGACACUUACUGCUGAUCAUGCCAAAUGCACUGAUGUGAGACUAGCUGCUGGGAGGACGCCAGACAUCAUCUGGAGAGGUUUUCUGCAACAAUUUGUUGCAAACAUUGUGAGAGGAGGGUGAAAUCAUGGUGCCGGUACCGAAUCGGCUUCUCUUGGCACCGUGAGAACUUUCUUCCGAACCCCCUCCCCCUUUUUUCCCUUAUUAUUUUAGAUGUUUGUCAGCGGGAUCGUGCUUUUUUGGGAAAUUAUCCCCCGUUUCCCCUUUCAAUUAUGUUCACUUUUGCUGCCUUCUGCUACAUGCUGUCUCUGGUCCUCUGUGUGUCCCUGAUCUUCUUUGCAAUAUGGCACAUAACAGCUUUUGAUGAGCUCCAGGCUGACUUCAAGGUCCCAAUUGAUCAGGGCAAUCCACUCCAUGCGAGGGAAAGACUGCGGAACAUCGAGAGAAUCUGCAACCUGCUGAGGAAGUUGGUGCUACCAGAGUACUCCAUCCAUGGACUCUUCUGCAUCAUGUUCCUGUGUGCCCAGGAGUGGCUGACAGUGGGCCUCAACAUCCCCCUGCUGUUCUACAACACAUGGAGUAGGUACUUCCAUUCCCCAACUGACACUAAGGAGCUGCUCUACGACCCAGCAUCCGUGAUGAAUGGUGAUACACUCAAGUUCUGCCUAAAGGAGGCCUGGUGCAAGCUGUCCUUCUUCGUCCUCUCCUUCUUCUACUAUCUCUACUGUGUGUGGAACCUGGAUAUAUCCCUCUAAUAGGUCUUAUCAAUGGAAACACUUAAAGUAUGAUCUACUCCUUGGUUACCUCAUAACAACCGGUUUAUCAGCAACUGAAGACAAAGAAAAAAAGCUUCUGGAUACACAGACUACAACUGUGUCUUGGUCUAGAAUUGAAAGACACUAAAUUUUUAAAGUGAAGUAGAGAAAGAAAGAAAAACUAUUUUUGCUGUGAAGUCAAACAAACAAUGAACUGUAAUGGAGGGUCAGAUCAGAGCUUCGUUUCUGGUUCAUCCCUUCAAAUGUUUCAUGCUCGCCUGUAUAUAAAAACUGAAGACUUCAGGUCUGGUUUACAGUUUGACAGGUCAUAGCGAGACCCGAGUUUAUCACUGCCUGGCCAACAUUUGUACCACACACACACACACACACACACACACACACACACACACCUCUGGAUGGUACCGUACUUCCUGUACAGUAGCAGUGCCAAUAGAGGACGUAGAGCACAGUAGCGUUUGCACAGUUUGUCUCAGGCACAGCAUAGUGAAGCACUGUCCAGUCAGCACCUCACCACCUGUAGCUCCACCGGUGAGGCAGAUAUGAGGGAUUAGUGGACGACUGGUUGGACGGAUAACACUGUACAGAAAAGAAAAGAGAGAGAGAGAGAGGCUCUGGGGGGAAAAAACCAGUGCAGCCAGCUCAAUAUUUUCCCCUGGACAGACGGCACAAACACUACCGGUCAAAAGUUUUAGAACACAAACCCGUUUUUUAUUGAAAUUCAAGCAGUUCAAGUCAAAUGAACAGCUUGAAAGGGUCCAAAGGUAAGUGGUGAACUGCCAGAGGUAAAUAAAAAAAGGUAAGCUUAACCAAAACUGGAAAAUAAUGUACAUUUCAGAAUUAUACAAGAAACAAGAAAUGGGUUAACAACUUAACUCUAUGGAGUCUUGGGCUAUUUUGUCCAUUUUUGAAUUCUUUUCAUGUCUUUGUAAGUCAUUUUGUGUCUUUUUUUGGUCAUUUUGUGUCUUUUUUUUUGUCAUUUUGUGUCUUU